AAUGCUUCUGCUUGUGUAUAUCCUUAUUUUGAUAAGGGUUACCAAACAGUUGUCUCUUCCGAGUGAUCCCACGUAUUUUGCUGGCGUCGUGGAGUUUCCUAAUUUGGAGGGAUCAGAUAGGCAACAUACCGCGUUGGCCUCAGAGGGCUAUCGAGCUAUUUUGGAAUCGGAUCAAACGAAUGAUUUGGAUAUUAUAGUAUUUCCAGAAUAUGUCCUUAAUAAUCGCGAGACGGCAACUUUUGUGCCAGAUCCAAAUGAUAGGAUGUCACCUUGCAUUUCCCCAGAUUAUGAGAUGUUCCUUGUGGAGCUCUCCUGUGCGGCUCGAUCACGAAAAAUCUAUGUGGUUCUUAAUCUGAAGGAAAAGGAAUUGUGCGGUCCGGCAUAUGGAAAUGGCUCAAACACUUACAACGCCUGUCCCGAAACAGGAGUACGUUACUUCAACACCAAUGUGGUUCUGGACAGAGAGGGCCGAAUCAUUUCCCGCUACCGUAAGACCCAUUUGUGGCGUCACGAAUACUACAAGAAUGAGGUUUUGAAGCAAACAGAUAUCUCAUACUUUGACACCGAUUUUGGUGUAACUUUUGGUCAUUUCAUCUGCUUCGAUAUGCUGUUCUACGAGCCGGCCAUGCAGUUGGUGCAUGAGAAGAAUAUAACAGACAUUAUUUAUCCCACCUAUUGGUUCUCGGAAUUACCAUUCCUAACUGCCGUUCAAUUGCAGGAGGGUUGGGCCUUUGCCAAUAAUGUAAAUCUACUAGCAGCCGACGGAAGCGAUCCAUCUGGCAAGACUACAGGAUCCGGCAUUUAUGCCGGAAGAGCUGGACGUCUGGCCGCCGGCAUAUUCGAAGAGCCUACAACUCGUCUGAUCACGGCCAGAGUGCCCAAGCGAAGACCCGGACAGCCAGCUUAUGAACUCCCAACGGUGGUACAACCCAUUUUCCAGCCCCAGUUAAUAAGUCAACGCUCCACCAAAUUGGCCACUUUCAGGGACUACAAUGUGGAUAUUUUCAGCUCUGAGCUGUUGGACAUAGACUUCAUGAAUGUCUCGAAAACCAUAUGUCACCAUGACUUUUGCUGUGACUUUAAUGUUCAACGUAACGUGAUUGGCUUCUCAUCGGAUCAUGCGGCAUAUAGAUACCGUCUGGCUGCCUAUUGGGGCAACGAGACCACAUUUAUCCGUGUCGAUCGCAGCGAGCAGGCCGUGUGUGCUCUGUUCGCUUGCUUGGACAAGGAGCUCUAUAGCUGUGGCUACACAUUUCCAAGCACUCGGCAAGUGGCCAAUCAACUGUACUUUAAUAGCAUUAAAAUUCGGGGAUCAUUUGCAACUGCAUCGCGUCGUCUGAUUAUGCCCAGCACCCUGGAUGGCAUGAUGAUGCCAUUGUCAGUAGCCCAAUACAAGUGGACGGAGACGGAGCUAAGUCGGGAGACUCGUGUAGAACUGGAGCUUAUUCAGCCGAAGAAUGAUUUGCUAACAUUUGGCAUUUGGGCAAAUUAUUUCACCAAAAUACCGACCCUACACAAUUUGGAUCACAUGCAGCCAUAUAGAAACCAACCACAAUCCUCUGGAACAAGUAAUACCAGCAAUGCUAAUAUUAAUGACGGUUCCAAUACAACUCCUAGUGUCAAUAAUAGUACCAGUACAGCUUCCGCUAUUACCUCUCUCUGCUCCCUAAUGGCAUUUUGCCUAAUGCUUCAGUUUUGAAGACCUUCAAGCGUAAGGACAUGGCUCUCAAGGAACACCUAUUUACCCACAGUAGACGCGCUAGCAAAUUGGAACCUUCUUGUCAUUUAGGUAGUUCUAAUUUCUAGACGUACAUCUAAUCCAUACAAAAUAUUAUAAUAGAAUAAAAAUACUUUUUGAGAUGAAAUUUACCUUACAGAAAACAUAAACUAAGUCCUCUUAGUUCUUUUAGUGGAAAAUAUAUAUAUCUAUCUAUCUGUU